GCGGCAGCAGAACCCGCGGCGAGACUCCGUGCAGCGCGGCGGCUGCAUGCCCCGGGGGACCAGGGGGCGCUGCCCCGACGCGGGGGGGCUCUGACCGAGCUGCCCGCCCGCCCGCCGCCCCCUCGGUGGCGCCAUGCGGGGCGGGCGGUGCUGGCUGCUGCUGGCGGCGUUGGGCUGGCUGCUGCCGCCUGGGGCUGCGGCCAGCGGCGAGUACUGCCACGGUUGGCUGGACGGGCAGGGCGGCUGGCGGGACGGCUUCCAGUGCCCAGAGCGCUUCGACGGCGGCGACGCCACCAUCUGCUGCGGCAGCUGCGCUCUCCGCUACUGUUGCUCCAGCGCUGAGGCGCGCCUCGACCAGGGAGCCUGCGACAACGACCGGCGGCAGGGUGGCGGCGAAUCGGGCCGCCCCGGCAAGGACGGCCCCGACGGCGCGGCAGUGCCCAUCUAUGUGCCAUUCCUUAUUGUUGGAUCUGUAUUUGUCGCCUUCAUCAUCCUGGGGUCGCUGGUGGCAGCUUGCUGCUGCAGAUGUCUGCGGCCCAAGCAGGAGCCCCAGCAGAGCCGAGCCCCUGGGGGCACUCGUCUGAUGGAGACUAUCCCCAUGAUCCCAAGUGCCAGCACCUCCCGGGGCUCCUCCUCUCGCCAGUCAAGCACUGCUGCCAGCUCCAGCUCCAGUGCCAACUCAGGGGCCAGAGCCCCACCAACCAGGUCCCAGACCAACUGCUGCUUGCCGGAAGGGACCAUGAAUAAUGUCUAUGUCAACAUGCCAACGAACUUCUCGGUGCUGAACUGCCAGCAGGCCACCCAGAUUGUGCCACACCAGGGGCAGUACCUGCACCCUCAGUAUGUGGGCUACGCCGUGCAGCACGACGCGAUGCCGCUGACCCCAGUGCCCCCUUUCCUCGACGGUUUGCAGGGUGGCUACAGGCAGAUCCAGUCCCCCUACCCACACACCAGCAGUGAACAGAAGAUGUACCCAGCUGUGACUGUGUAGCGCUGGCGCCUUCCUCCCCCUCCCCACCCAGCAGAUUUUAAUAUCUAAACAGAUGAGAAAUACUUCCUCGGAACGAAGCUCCCAGAACAUCACUUGUAAAUAAUCCUGCAAGGCUCAUGCGUGUCAGACAGUGUUUAUAAACCAUUUAUUUCCAUCGGGGUCCAUGGCCAGAAACAUCAGGAUGAUUUCCCUGCAUUAACACUGCCAGAUACGCUCUCGUUCCAGCGCAUGAUUUACAGUGGCAAGGGAUGAUGCUGGCAGUGCAGACCUAUUGCAGAUCACUGGACUUGCCAGACAGAUGCUGGAGCCAUCAAGUGCCCUUCAGGUAUGACAUGGUCAGAAGUGUUUGCCUAAUUAAUUUGUAGAAAGUUUUGUUAAGCUACGAGAGCACAGUGCUUAAGACACCUCUUUUCUCCUCUCCCACCUCCUUAAAGACUCUUCCCGUUGCUUUAGAGACAAUCACAAAUGGGAGCCAAAACGGUGCAAUCCCUGCCUGCUGGGUGCUGGUACUAGCUCCUAGGGCUCCUUAUGCACCCCUGGUUUGGGGUGGAAGGCCACAAAAGGCUUAGUCUUGCAAAGAACAAUUUUCCUUGUCCCUGGUAUUUAUGUAGGAAUUAGAAGAGUGUAAAUUAUUCAUCUCUUCUCUCCAGUGCACUUGAAACCCAUCUUGAUUUGGUUUUACCUCAAGAUCAGGACCCAGAAGUGGUUUGUACAGAAUUUGCGAACUCUUUACUGAAGACAGGGUACUAGGUGGUUACUCUUCCUGAUGCUCAAGCAGAGCUUUUGGUACAACUCACAUCUGAGCUGGAGCUGCCUUUGCAGAGGAAGGUUGCACUGUGACUCCAAACAUGCCUGAUUUAACCUCGCUACCCAGGAAGCAGUAAAUCCGUGUGACUGUGGAGGGGCUGGCAGAGGUUGGAAGCACAGCCCCUUUUCUUCUGCACCUGUGAGGCAGGGGCCAAGGAAGGCACAGCUGUAUUUAAAAAAUAAGGAAAAAGGCACAACCAAAGGAUAAAGGUGCUCCUGGCUCUCUGUGACAACACAGGUGUCAGAGAGGAGGUGCAGUGUUGCAGUGGCGAUGCUUUGCCCUGGAGCUGCUGCCUGUGUCUUGCUUUGCUUCAUCUUGGGAAAAAUACAGCUCCAGGUCGAAGAGGCAGCAGCGUGCUGGGAAUAAUCAGACUGCUAACUGCACUAUAACACCCUGGAUGAAACAAACUAUUUAAGGCUGGUUUUAUCUCUGAAGGAAACGUAGUCUCUGCAUUUCUAUCCAUGUGUUCUUCAGCCAAAACACCGCAACAGAGGACUGAGGGCAUAUACCAAAACAGGGCAAUUGCUGUAACCAGAUCAGAGCUGAUGAAAGGCUUCUUAUUGUCCGAUACUGUAUCAGUAUGUAGCAAUAACUGUGACACUAUGAUUUUUUGUACGUCUGUUUGUAAAGUACACAUCGGUGUGUUGCCAAAUCCAGUGGUUUACUUGUAAACAUGCCACACACAGGCAGGCUGCAGUGGGCAGAAAUGGUUGGAGCACUGAGGCAGGAAGAUGAAUAGGUAAUUUAUCCCAGAUCUGCUGUUCCUGGCUGCAAUUGCCCAGCUGGCAUGUAGGACACAGACAGAAAGAUUGACUUGUGAGCCGGGCUUUGGCAAGGCUGCUGGAGGUGUUGGGAGCCUGCUCUGCUCUGUCUGCACAGCUCAGUGCUCAGGAGAUCUUCAGAGGGAGGGAGUAGGUGCACCUGAGCUGGGUGCUGCUAGCCUUUGCAGGACCCAGCGGGCCCUCGGAUUUUGUGGGGAUUUAGGUUCCUACCUGCUGACGUUGCAGCUUAGUCACACUGACCAAAGCUGAGCUGGCAUCAGGUGCAAGGGCUUGGAAGCCUUCACCUGCUCGUGGCUUUGGCAGGAGCUGGAUGUGCUUGGCACCAGGUGAGACUUGGUCUGUGUGGCCAGACAGGCAGCCCAUCCAUGUGCUUAUGAUCUUUCCCAGCUGUGAAUCAAGCCAGCUCCCACCCCCUGCUCCUCUUCUGCCAGCGCAUACUGCCUGCCUUGCUCCUCAUGCCCAGACAAGGACACCUCCUCUGACCUAUGAAAUUCAGGUGAAGCUCUUUGUAUAUUGUUUACUUGUUUGAAAUAAUACUAAGUUAAAUUUAAGUCUGUAGAAAUUAAUUUACAGAAAAUCCCGAGCUGUAAUAAAAGGAAGUUUGUGAGACGUGGUGGGUUUUUUCCCCAGUGUUGUGUAGGAUAAUGUAAAACCAACGUUACCAUUUGAUACAGCAUUUAAAUCUCUGAAAGGGCACUUGCUUUAAAGUGUUUCUUACAAAUGAAGAAGAAAGCCCCUUGGUUUCUUAAUAAAUACUUUAUGGUGUGA